AUGGAAAAGGACGGCGAUCCCUCUGGAGGCUGGCGCUUCGCCCAGUGCUUUGGCGACAAGGGAGAGGUCGAGGACAUCACCGAGGCCGACAUCAUCUCGACCGUCGAGUUUGACCACACUGGCGACUAUCUCGCUACCGGAGACAAGGGAGGUCGUGUGGUCCUAUUCGAGAGGAACGAGUCGAAAAAGGGCUGCGAGUACAAGUUCCACACCGAGUUCCAGAGCCACGAGCCAGAGUUUGACUACCUCAAGUCGCUCGAGAUCGAGGAAAAGAUCAACAAGAUCAAGUGGUGCCGAAGACAGAAUGCCGCCCAUUUCCUGCUCAGCACGAACGACAAGACGAUCAAGCUAUGGAAGGUGUUUGAAAAGUCGCUCAAGGUGGUGUCGGAGAACAACCUGUCGUCCGAGGGCUUCCGGCAACCGCCGCAGUCGAGCCUGCACCCGUCGCUGCUGCCACCGCCGACGCCAGCACCGGGCAGCGGCGUCAACCUGCGGCUGCCGCGGAUGGAGCUGCACGACACCAUCGUCGCCGCCGUCCCGCGCAAGAUCUACGCCAACGCCCACGCCUACCACAUCAACUCGAUCUCGGUCAACUCGGACGGCGAGACGUACAUCUCGGCCGACGACCUGCGCAUCAACCUCUGGAACCUCAACAUCAGCGACCAGAGUUUCAACAUUGUCGACAUCAAGCCGGUCAACAUGGAGGAGCUGACCGAAGUCAUCACGGCCGCCGAGUUCCACCCGGUGCACUGCAACCAAUUUGUCUACUCGAGCUCCAAGGGGACCAUCAAGCUGGCCGACAUGCGCGACUCGGCGCUGUGCGACGCCCAUGCCAAGCAGUUUGAAGAGGAAGACGACCCGUCAAACAAGUCGUUUUUCAGCGAGAUCAUCAGCAGCAUCUCGGACGUCAAGUUCAGCCGCGACGGCCGGUACAUUCUGUCGCGCGACUACCUCACGCUCAAGAUCUGGGACGUCAACAUGGAGAACAAGCCGGUCAAGACGAUCCCCAUCCACGACCACCUGCGGUCGAAGCUGUGCGACCUCUACGAAAACGACUGCAUCUUUGACAAGUUUGAGGCGCUGUGGGGGCCCGACGGCAAGAAGGUCCUCACGGGCAGCUACAACAACUACUUCCACGUGUUCGACAAGGACGACAGCUCCGACGUGGUGCUGCAGGCCGACAAGUCGGCGUUCAAGGCCAAGAAGCUGGCGGGCGCGGGCAAAAAGGGCAACAAGGGCGCCGCCAAUGCCGCGCUGGGCGCCGCGGGGCAGAUGAACCUAGACAACCUGGACUUUAACAAAAAGAUCCUACACGCCAGCUACCACCCAAGAGAGAACACGAUUGCUAUUGCGGCGACAAACAACCUCUUUAUCUUUUCGGCCAACAACCCGGCGGGCAUUCCGAUUGCCUGA